AUGGGUAAUGUGCAGUGCUGCGCCGACGACCGCUUUACCGAGGGCAAACCGCCUAAACAAACAAAUAAUAAAAAGAUACAACCGAAGGAAACGAGUGAAAAGACUAACGGGUUGGGUGGUGAUAAAGGAAACGUACAUAAAGUGGUAGUCGUGGCGGAGGAAGCUUCGAAGCGAGCUGCGCCGACCACCGAGCUGGCGCAGUCUCCACCAACGGAAGUGCCUGCUAACGGACCAACAACAACGGAAGCAGUGCAGCAACAAAACAUGAGCACCACAGGAACCGAUGCACCACGAGUAGAGAGUAUGGCCGUCGCGAGGGAACGAUUCUUUGGUCAGAUACCGGAAUUCAACUUGGAUGGAAACAACAGCCUAAAGCACAACGGCAGUGCCAAAGAUCUAGCCUCCGUCAUGGAAAACCUGAAGAAAAGCAGCCUUGUCUCCCGACAGAACCAGUCUCUGAACACACAAGUCACUAGCUCUUCUUCACAACAGAUGGUUUCGAGUACAACUUCCAGUAGCGCGGCGUCAAGCCAGCGAUUACAAAGCUCAUCGCAGCGUCUCCAACACAUGACUGCUUCGGAAAUGAAAGCCAGCUCUAUGAAAUCGGAUCUUUCAGAACUUAAGAGCUCUAUUUCUGAAAUGAAAAACCUAAGCAGUACAGCUUUAAAUUUUGGACAAAGACUGAAAAGCUCAAUGGAAAACAUAGUGGAUCAAGAUGAAAGGCAUUUGCCAGACAUCCGAGAUCUUGAUGAAAUGGGCGAUUACAAUGACAUGGGAGACAUAGGCGAUAUUGCAGCUGAUGCACCGUUAGUAACAUUUCCAGAAUCGGAUACACCGCCGCCUGUCAGCGACAAGUCUUGUUUGAUUGCUGGCAAUAACGUAUCUGUGGGUUCAAGUGCAGCUAAUGAGUUAAAGUAUAGUGCGGCUCGAGUAACGUCAGCGAGUUCUACCAGAGUAGUGGCGGAUGGAUACAGUGCCUCAAGAUCCGCUGCUAAUAGCGCAAGAAUGAGAAGGUUGCAGCACGGCGACGUACAAUACGCGGAACGAAGUGCCGCUGGCGCCUCGCAUCGUUUAUUGCAAGCUGAGGGGUUAACUGCGGAGAAAAAUGACGCCUAUCUUCAAGAGCAAAGGUCGUUGAAAGCCGGUGAAGUGACAGCUCAGGAGGCAAAUAACAUGUCGGCUACUAGUUCAAGACUGCAAACUGAAGCUUUUAGUGCUGAAAAGAAAGCGAUGGCUUCAGCACAAGCCAGGCAAACUGUUACUUCAAGCGGAAUGUUCAGCCACAAAGAGCACUCCAGUGUUGCACAUUCUAAUAUGACAAUUUCCAGUAAAAAUCUGUCAACUAAAUCGACGUUACUUUCCUCACAGAUGAGUCAGCUUUUAAACGGAAUUAAACCAGGCGAUGAAGAUCUAACAAAUUUAACGUUUGAAGAUCUGGACAAGUUAAACGCAAGUUCAAACCAGAAUGACGUUGAUUUGGCGAUACAAAAGUAUUCAUCGCGUAUGAACGCAUUUAUUACCUCUAUUAAGAAUAAUCAAAUUGAUAUAAAGAAUGCUUCAGCACAUUUUAACAAAUUAAAUGAAAUGAUGAGGAGGGCAUGGGCUGUGCCAACAUAUGGUCACGAACUAGGAUAUUCGCUCUGCAACACAUUAAGAACAUCAGGCGGCCUUGAUAUCCUAAUGGAAAAUUGUUUGGAGUCAAAUAAUCCGGAAUUACAAUUCUCCUCGGCGAAGCUUCUAGAACAAAGCCUUACAACAGAAAAUAGAGCACAUGUUGUUGAGAAUGGUUUGGAAAAAGUUGUAAAUGUGGCUUGCGUAUGUACUAAAUAUGCGAAUUCAGUUGAACACUCGAGAAUACGCACCGGUAUAUUAGAGCAUUUGUUCAAACACAGCGAAGGGACAUGCAGUGACGUAAUCAGACUGGGAGGCUUAGAUACUGUUUUAUUUGAAUGUAGAAAAAAUGACAUAGAAACUUUAAGGCACUGUGCCACAGCGCUUGCUAAUCUGUCAUUGUACGGUGGUGCUGAAAAUCAAGAGGCGAUGAUAAAGCGGAAAGUGCCCAUGUGGUUGUUUCCUUUAGCAUUCCACAACGACGACAAUAUUAAGUAUUACGCUUGUUUAGCCAUCGCUGUUUUGGUUGCCAAUAAAGAAAUUGAAGCAGCUGUAUUAAAAUCGGGAACUUUAGAUUUGGUAGAACCAUUUGUAACGUCCCACAAUCCAUCAGAAUUUGCGAAAUCAAAUUUAGCUCAUGCACAUGGUCAAAGCAAAAAUUGGCUACAAAAAUUAGUUCCUGUAUUAAGUUCAAAAAGGGAGGAGGCUCGGAAUUUGGCAGCAUUUCAUUUUUGCAUGGAAGCAGGAAUUAAGAAACAGCAAGGAAACACAGAAAUAUUUAGAGAGAUUGGAGCUAUAGAGUCGUUAAAGAAAGUGGCCAGUUGUCCAAACGCAGUCGCAUCUAAAUAUGCCGCCCAAGCGUUAAGGCUCAUUGGCGAGGAAGUUCCCCACAAACUGUCGCAGCAGGUCCCUCUCUGGUCUAUAGAAGACGUAAAAGAAUGGGUUAAACAGAUAGGGUUUGCUGAAUAUGCGAACAAUUUCCAAGAGAGCAGAGUUGAUGGUGAUCUGCUGCUACAGAUAACUGAAGAUAAUCUCAAAGAAGACAUUGGUUUGCAUAACGGAAUCAAAAGAAAAAGAUUCACGCGAGAGCUUCAACAGUUAAAGAAAAUGGCGGAUUACAGUUCACGAGACACGGGCAGCCUUAACGAGUUCUUACAAAGCAUAGGGCCCGAAUACACAAUAUAUACAUACUCCAUGUUAAACGCGGGUGUCGAUAAAGAAUCUAUCAGAGGUUUAAGUGACGAGCAACUAGAAAAUGAAUGUCGCAUAGUUAACAGCAUACAUCGGUUAAGGAUUCUGAAUGCAAUUCGAGUAUAUGAAAGUACACUACCAAGCAAAGGAGAAGAGAAUAUGGAGAAGAACCUAGAUGUAUUCGUUAGUUAUAGACGGUCCAAUGGUUCACAACUUGCGAGCCUGCUGAAAGUCCAUCUACAGUUGCGUGGUUUCACCGUUUUUAUCGACGUAGAAAGAUUAGAAGCGGGAAAGUUCGACAACAACUUGCUACAAAGUAUACGACAAGCGAAAAACUUUCUUUUAGUGCUCACACCUAAUGCUCUUGAAAGGUGUAAGCACGACACGGAACAAAAGGACUGGGUUCAUCGGGAGAUAGUGGCUGCUUUACAAUCCAAGUGCAAUAUCGUGCCCAUCAUCGACAACUUCGAGUGGCCCGAGCCUGAGGAACUGCCGGAAGAUAUGCGCGCCGUGUGCCAUUUUAAUGGUGUUCGCUGGAUACACGACUAUCAAGACGCUUGCGUGGAGAAACUAGAAAGUUUCCUACGGGGCAAGUCGAACCUAGCCACCCGGUUCGAAGGGCCACUCCGCGGGCGCGGCGACGUAACGACCCCGGGCACGGCGGCGAUCGGCCGCGGCCCGCCCAGCUACCAGCGCAUGCCGUCGUGUGAGAGCCGAGGAAGUGACAAGGCAGACUGA